UACAAACUAUUGUAUCAGUGUUGUAUAUAUUGUGUUUCGGAUUACAGAAAACAAUCUUUAGAGGAAGAGACGGAAAUGGGAAGUAAUCCCAGCAGUUUGAAUGAAAAUACUCUUUCAAACGUUGCAGAAAGCAGGAUGGCUGAAUGUAUAUCGUACAACGACAUCAUUUGUGUGAAAACAAAACCAUGGGAUUCAGAAAAAAGAAAAAGUGAAUUUCCUUUCGAAGAAAUUCAAAGUGACAAAAUCUCAUUCGAGUCAACUGUUAUUGAUGUUGACAUCACAUGUCCUACAUUAACCGAACAGGAAUGUUUAGAGAGCGACAUUUUCCCAAUGCCUUAUCUCACUCUUGACAAUGAAAAUGAAGGAGAGUUUUACACUUUAAAAAACUCAGAUGGUAAAAUAGUGGUAUCCGUGACACCUAGAAUCCCUAAGCGUAACGCCAUAUUUACCUUCCAUGUCAGGCGGAAAGGGAGACAAUCUUGGGAUCGGUAUGACGUCAAAAAGCAGGCAGGGGAAAUUACUGUGAGUAUUGAAACAGAUCAACUCGAUAUUGACGCUGUAUUCAUAACGUCUCAAAUUGAAGUACAGACUGUUGAAGUUACUCGAGCAGGUUGUGUAGAGAAUCUUGAUCCAGAAAAUGAGAGGAUGAAAAUUGAAUUCCCACCCGAUUCUGUGGAGAGUACCAUGCAGGUCACUAUCGAGGUUACCUCCCUUGAUGGUAUUCAAAUACAACAGAGAGUGAAACAAACGCUGGGAGAAAAUCACGGAAUACUUGGAAUCUCUGACAUGGUGAACGUGUUCCAUGACCGACAGUUCCUAGUUCCAGUACACCUGACAGUGUCUAUACAACCGUUAGACCAUAUGCUCGAAGCCAGCGAAAUAGCUACACUACUUGUCCUGUAUUUCGAGGACGAUGAAGUACGUGAACUGGAAACAGCGACCGUCAAGGAAAUUGAACCAACUCUUUUCGAAAUUACCACUGAUCACUUCUGUCCAGUAAUUUGUGUAAGACACAGACCGAAUGUCCAUCAAUUAGAUGCGAUUGCCGCAGUAAAAUAUGUUUACGACCUCGACGACCCAAGGUGUAACAUUUUACUUUUUACUAAAAGAGAAGCAAAUGAGAUAUUAUUUUUACGCUCAGAAAUAGUGAAUCAGGAUGAAAGAUCACAAAAGGAAAAGGAACGAACGAAUGAAAUGGGCAUGGAUUUACUGCCUACAUGUACAUCCCCGACAAUACGUUUAAAGAACAUGAACAGGGUGAGGGUUUCGUUGGCUAAUAAUACGGCAAUAAAGUUUCUUAAAUCCGUCACCCCAGUGAGUCGUUUCAUCAUCUUUGACCGUAACAAUCACGAUAACUCACUCUCAUUCCAUGUAGAGAGAAACGCGGGAUUUGGAAUUGGAGAUUUUGCUACCCUGGAAUACGACCUAGACAGUGGUCGGAACCGACGGCGUCUUCACAAUGCAGUAUUCCAUGCAUUGAAAGAAUUGCGGAAGAGAAACAACCCUGGCAGUCCAUUAUCAUCUUCCCAGGCUACAUUAAAUAGAACCCCAGGAUUACAAACAACUGCUUACAAUCAAGAACUGUCUAGCUUGGGCGCAGUCGGACCUGAGACAGUACCAUACGACAGCUUCGAAGAUAAAGACUUCGUAGUCUGUAUCAAUAUGGAAGAUAUCAAAAAAUCUUUGCCACAAACAUCGUCAUCUAGAAAUCAACCGCGAAAUGAACACAAACCGAAAUAUGAACCUAUCCCAGAAAUCAGACCCAGAGUUUCGCCAGAGGUGUUCUCAGAGAGAAGCAUGACUCUCCUUGCAAGACAAAUACCCAACAAUGAGUACGUCUCAUUAGCAACACUUUUAGGGAUACCAAUGGUGACGGCUGAUCGCUUGGCUGGCAUCUUUCCAAACCCGCAAGACGGAAAUCAGUUAAAACUAAGGCUUCUUUUACACUGGCUGGACAACGAAAGUAUCGAUCCUUACAAACGACUUGAAACUUUGAAAAGUGCAUUAACGGAAAUUGACCAAAAAGGCUUGGCAGAAAGGGUAGAACAAGCGUUCAACAACAACACGCCGUUUAGCAUGUAAAUAAUGUGUUCUUGAAAACGCUGCAAAAUCACAUUUGAAAUGACAUUUUAAUGUCAAUUUGAAUUUUUUUCUCUCGACCGUAUAACGAGUACUGUCAGCACUCUAAAUGUUUCAUUCCAACAGUAAUACAGUGAAUAUCGCGUUUAUGGAUUUUUAAUGCGAUGCUAUUUGUGUAUGUAGUUUUUUUUAUCAAGGAUUGCUCAAGAAGAUUCUAAUAUUAGCUUAUCUCCCCUUAGUUAGAAACUCUAGAAUAAGACAUAUCCUAAAGACCCACAAUCAUGAAGACAUAGGGCCAAUUUAGUACAGCACAUGAGAUGAACUACAACGGAAAAAGUUUAAUGAAGCAGACAUGUACAAUUAGUACUUGGAUGUAUCCAAUCUUACAAUUUGACCCCAGUCAUAUCUUAUGGAAAUCAGCGACUUAUUUAUCAAUGAUAUCGCUUAUACAGGGAAAAAAAUGAAAUAUAUAUUUUAUGAAUUAAUCAGACUGCCAAUCUUUGGUAAAAUAGUAAAAACACGAAACAAACUAUUAAGUUAUGUUUUCACAAGGCAGAAUUAUCAUCUUAAUACUGUUUACGAAAUCAGAUAUGGCCAGAAACAAAAACUUAUCGGUCCAUUUAUCAUGUUCAUCAAGAUGUAAUUGAGGACACACCCUAGAGAUGUUCUUAUCACUACCUCUCCGAACCCAAAUUGAAUAUUAUUUUUUUCUUGAAAAAAAGUAUCAGCCUGUAUCAUUAAUACCAAUAUGCUUUCUUAAAGAUUCUAUCCUUAUUUCAAACAAAUCUUCAGUUAUAAUAAUGCUUUUACCACAUUCUGAGCUUUUGAGCUUCUUUUUUUUUUUAUUCAAUGUUAACAAAUAAUUAAUUGCAUCCCGAAGUUCCAUUGAACACCGCCUCUUUAUGUGUAACGUAACUUUCGGUCUUUUAAAACAAUCACUCUUAGCACGCUGACAUUGAACAAUUAUUGAUUAGGUAUAAUUGUCUACAACGAGUUUCAUUUGAUGCAUUGGUAUGACAGGCAGUUUGGAUUGUAAAUGAUUCAGAACAGUCUCCCAUUUUAUUUACUAAAUUGAUAUGCGUUGUAUCUAAUUAUACCCUACAUUAUCCUUGUUGCUGUUGCAGUUUUUUUCCCACCAAAAUAUGUGAUAUUUUGUUUUCAUGACAUGUGGAAUACUGUUUAUCUGUUUUAAUCUAGAGAGGCAUGACAAGAAUCAUUUGAUUGGGAUUAUAUCUCGCCCGUGACUGUCUAUGGAAAAUUAACUGCUAGAAUUCCCAGUGUUCGAUGAAUUCAAAACUAUGUAUUUACCAUGUACAAUAAAUGUGUGUAUCAAAACAAAACAAAAUAUAUAGGAGUUAUUUCCCUUGUGUUAUUUAAAUAGUUCUCAUGUAUUAUAUGUGACAAUUGUUAAUUGUUUGUGAAAACGGCGAAUGUAUAACGGUCGUUGUUAAUCAACACAUUUAUAAAUCAGAGCAGAGGGAUAUAUUCAAUUAUUCAAUACAAUUGGUGUAUCCAGUAGGUAGAUAUAUUAUUUAGAUAUCAACGCUGUGAAACUUCCGGCAUUCUCUGUUUAUAACUUUUUUUAUAACUUUAGUAUUAUCAAGAACCUUAUACAUUUCCUCGUUUAGUAGCAUUUAACUUUUGAAAACAGAAACCAUGUUUAGAACAUAGGGGAAACCAUUCUGACAAGUAUGGUGAAACAUUAACAAUAUAACAUCACCGUUGUCCUAUAUUACGUUUGACUCGCAUUAAAAGCAGAUUAUGUCUAUUUUUGGGGGGUUUGCUACCUCUCUGAUACAUUUUAAGCGGAUUUGACGGGGGAAGCUUUACUUUUGAUAAUGAUUUGUCACAAUGAAUUAUAUAUAAACUAACUUUGCUUUUUAUUCUUUUCCUCAUUUGUACUUGUUUGUUUGUUGUCUUUGUUGAAAGUAUGAUGAAUCACUGUCCUCAGAACUAAUACGUAUGGAAGAUAUUAUUAAAUUUCAAACUUAUCAGCUUUUAUUACGAAAACAUCCUGUAUCCUGUGUGUGGAUUCGUCAAUUUUAUAUUUUUUGCAUAUGUCAGUAGUGUAAUAUACCCCGGUGGAUUUACGAAAGACAAACAAGAUGCUGGUGUAUUCCAAUACACGUUGAGAGUUAAAUAGAGUAAAAAUUCAAUCAAACUAAUAAUACAACUGAUUAGUCAUUCUAGUCAGUGAUACUUGAGUAUAAAAGACGGAGGUAAGAAGGGAAGCGGAGUCCGGAGAAAAAUUACAUAAACAAAGGUUGAAGUAAUUUGCGCAACACUAUAAGAUUUUCACAUACCAUCAGAAUGAGUGUUUUUACAACGAAGUCUAUGGUUUAAACUAAAAAUAUGCACAUUGCUAGCCGAAAAUUUCAAAUUAAUAGGUUUUUUUCAUAAUUAAAUAUAAAACAAAUUACAAAGUAUUAUUCAUUUAAUGAAUAUAAGAUUUUAAGUCAAUUUUUAUUUCAUUUGAUAUUAUAUGAAACGUAUCCUAGAAGUUUGUAUUUAUAAGCAUUAUUUGGCAUAUAUUUCAUCUUUUAUUUGAUUAGAUGGCAUGUCCGUGUGUGUCAUUAGUGUAAUGCUUUUGAAGUAGAACUCGUGUCAAAGGUUUCUUAAAGUAGCAUUGGUUAUGUUUGAACGAUAAGUACCAUAUUGGAAAAUAAAAAAUCCCAGUCAACUAAUGAUGUUUACGGUUUUAUUUGUUUUAAAGAAGAUUCGAUCAAGAGUCAAUAAGAUUUUUGUUGACAUCUUGACGGUUAAAACAUAUGAUCCACGUCCAUUCUUUCUUUUUAUAUCACUGUUUUAAGAUAUUUCUACUUCAUAACAUAUAUAGUUCUACCCGAAUCAUAAGAUUCCAUGCAUUCCUCAGCCCCCUAUGAUACACACAAAUAGUUGUAUUACGUCCCUUUAAAUCGUGACGUAGAUUAUCAUUUAAGUUUGUUGACUUAAUUUAUUACACCCGAGGUAAUUUAUGGGGUGUUGUAGGCAUGUAUCUGGUAUCGGCCAUGUUGACCUUUAAUAAUAGACCCAUGAUAAAACGUUCGCCUGACCUGGAUUACCCCGUCAUAAAAACGCUUGACUAAACAUCCGAUGCUUCGAAAUGUGAUUGUAGUUAAAAAGACAGUAGAUAAUAAAAUGGUCAUGAUGUUUAUUUGUGAUCGAUGAUUACAAAACGUCUCAACUGACCCGAGUAACAAAAUUAAUAUAGUUAUUAAAGAUGCAAAUUAUUCCAACAAAGGAAUUUUAUUUGUAAAAACGAGGUAACUGUAAAUAAUUAUGUAAAAUAACCCCAACUAACGAGGUUAUAUGGUAUCAGUUAUAAACAAAAGCAUUUGUUGUAAUUUAUAAUUGAUUCCAAAUAACAAGAUUUAUUUGUUAUCCGCCAUAGUACAAACAAAUUGAGCUACAAGGCUUUUGUACUAAAUAAUGAUACAAAAUAACCCCACUAAAGAGCUUUAUCAAUUCAAGCACUGAAAGCGUAUGUAACUGGGCUAUUAAUGAUAAACAAAAUUCCUACAAAUAAUGUUUUAUUACCCUCGAUUAAAUCUGUGUAAGAGGGUUAUUAACAAUUAUAGUAAUACCAAAUAAAAACUCAACUAAAGGGGUUAAGUGCCGCAGCAAUAGCACGAUCGAACGUGCGUAUGGUACUGUCGUGGUCAUUUAUGAUAAAAUAUUGGUCAAGACUCACCACGUAUGACCGCUUAACAACACAAAUUGCCCAGAUACUUAUAUAAAGUAUGUAAUAAAGCCCUGCUACAUUAGGUUAACCAUUACCUUAUCGAUCUAUGUUGAAUCAUAUCAAAUAUGGCCCCAUCCCCGCCCCCACCGAAAGCAAAUAUCUCCUUAUUUGUCAACAAAACAUGUUUCUUCUUGUCCGAUAAAUGGUUGUUUGUUUUGUACAGAGGGUAUAUAAUCUAUAUAUUUAUAAGAUAUAUUAAAUUUAUCAGUCAUUAUAGCCGGACCUCUGACUCGAGAUCGCAAUAUGGGGCAUGAAAAACGGAAAGCGGACAGCAGCACAUCUAAUGACAUCAAGGUAAAAACGAAGAAAACUGAAGCAAAAGAAGAUGUCUCUUCAGAAAAAGAAACUAAAAAAUUAAAGGCACCAGAAGAGAUAUCUAUCGGUCGAUUCGUGAAUGGAAGAACAGAUAUUUAUCCCGUAUGGCAGUCACUCCUUCAGCGUUGGUUCUCCGAGGCCUCCACGGAAGUCUAUAUCGUCACUCCGUUCAUGGACAUCGAACGACUACUUGAGAUCUGUUUCUUUCUCCUCGACAAGCAGUCGACAGCAAAUCUGAAGGCAAUUUACGUCAGAGAAAUUUCAAACGUCCGUGUGCCAAAGAAGAAUCCCCCUAAGUUCAUUCCGUACUGGAAAUUUGGUCCCGGGUACAAACCUGACGACCCUGAGGCUUACGCAUCCUUAGUAAAGACUAUUCUUGACGCAUUCUCGCCAAAAUAUCGUAGUUACGUGAGAGAUCACGUGAUGAGUAAAAUAACCAAUCCUAAGUCAACGUUUCAUGGCAAGUUUGCAGCUGGUGUUAAGGCUAAAACUGCUCAGGUGUUGAUUACAAGUGCUAAUUUCCAAGGUCACCAUUUCGAUCACAAUAAUUACGAGACGGUUUGUUAUUCAUCCAUGACGAAAACAGAUUUUGAAGACAGGUUUCUAAAUAAUAUACAAAUUGAAUAGCAAUAUAAAAUCUAAUCAUAUGGCAGCUAGCUAUUUUAAGAAACUCUGCUGUGUGCUGGAGUCUAUUCCUUAAUUUGUAUGCAUUGUUUUGUUGACUUCAGGUUAAUUUAAAGUGUAAAAUCAAUUUCCUAUUACGAAUCGCUGAUUCGUUCCAAAUCAAGCAGCACAUAAUAUAUGAACAUGAAAAUAUAUGUUGUAUAUGUCCGUCCAGGGAUUUUAUAUUAUAUCAUUGAUAUCAUAGCACAAAAAAUGUUGAUUAUGUUGAUAACUUACACAAUAUACCAUUGUCAUAAUAAAUCCGUAUACAUAAGA